AUGGCGGCACUUGAGAAGCAGGAGCCAGAGCAGGCAGCUCCUCCAGUGACCGAGAAACCCGCAAAGCAAGAAGAGGCGAAGGAAGAAGAACCCAAGGGCAUGCCGUUCACCAAGGAAUUCUUCACCUUCUUCCGCCUGUUGUUUGCCGCCAACCCGACAUGUCUCGAUUACUUCCUCAUCAUCUUCGGAACCAUCAUGGCCAUCGCUGCUGGUGUGCCGUUCCCCCUCCUGGGUGUCCUCUUUGGCCAGCUGGUUGACAAAAUGAACGCUGCCACCUGCGCUGCCGAUGGGACCAGCGACAUCGACGCGUUCGUGUACGAAUCUGCCAUCAACCAGAAGGUCAUCCAGAUGGCCUACGUCGGCGCCAUCGCGUUCGUUGCCAUCUACAGCUACAUUCUCUCGUGGAGCAUCAUCAGCCAGCGCCUCGCCCAGCGCAUGCGCACGCAGUACGUGUCUGCUCUGCUGCGCCAGCCGCCCUCCUACUUCGACAAGCGCGCCGCCGCCGGCGAAGUGUCUAGUCGCCUCCACGGUGACAUCACGGCGAUCCAGUCCGGCACCUCGGAGAAGGUGGGCAUCCUCAUCUGCACCAUAAGCUUCUUCGUCACCGUUUUCGUCAUUGCGUUCACGAAGCAGCCCAAGCUAGCCGGCAUGCUCGUUUCCAUGCUCCCUGCUUACAUGCUCUCCUCCUUCCUCGGCGGUGGUUUCAUCGCGAAAAACACCGGCUACAUGACUGAGGCGAUUGAGAAGGCUUCGUCCAUUGCGUCUGAAGCUCUGUCUCACAUCUCCGUUGUGCAGGCCUUCGGCGCUGGCCCGCGUCUCGAGGCCAAGUUUGCCGACCACAUGAUCAUUGCCCGCAAGGCCGGCAUGAAGAAGGCUGGUGUUGCCGCUGUCCAGGCUGGUCUUCUCUAUUUCAUCGCCUACGCCGGAAACGCUCUUGCAUUCUGGCAGGGCAGUAUCAAGAUUGCCGACUCUAUGGCCGGCCGUGGUGAUGCCACAGUGGGCGAGAUCUACGCGGUUGUUUACCUACUCGUUGAUGCUUGCGUCAUGCUUGGCUCCAUCGCCCCUUUUCUCCCCUCUUUCCGGGGUGCUUCGGCUGCGUACCAGCGGCUACAGGAGGACAUUGAGGCUCCCUCGGAAAUCGAUGGAACCUCUGAGGAGGGCAAGGUUCUGCCCCUGGACGACCCCAAGGGCAUCGUGCUCCGCGACGUCACUUUCGAGUACCCAUCGAGGCCCGGCCAGCCUGUUCUGCGCAAUGUCAAUGUCGAGUUCCCCGCUGGCAAGUACACUGCUGUCAUCGGUCUCUCGGGCAGCGGCAAGUCCACCAUCGCCGCCCUCCUUGCCCGUCUCCAAGACCCGAAUCAGGGAGAAAUCCUCCUCGACGGCCACGAUAUUCGGGAGCUCAAUGUGCGCAGCCUUCGCAGCUUCAUCAGCUUCGUGCAACAGGAGCCCUCACUCCUCGAUCGAUCGAUUCUUGAGAACAUUGCCCUCGGCCUCAUCAACUCGCCCAAGCCAGAGCACCAGCGUUUGAGACCCUUCCUCAGCGGCGGCCAGUUGGCCGAGCUGGCAUCCAAGGGCAAGGACGCUUUGUCAUCCGCCAACAACUAUGGUCCCGAGAUCCAGGAGAUUGUCGACCUCGUCCGUCACGCUGCCGAGCAGGCCGAUGCCGCCACCUUCAUCAACCGCCUCGACGAUGGUUAUGGCACCUCGGCCGGUCCUAGUGGCAGUCUCGUCAGCGGUGGCCAGCGCCAGCGUAUCGCCCUCGCUCGAGCUCUGAUCCGCGACCCCAAGAUUCUGGUGCUGGAUGAGGCAACUUCCGCCCUCGACUCUGCCAGUGAGAAGCGCAUCCAGCGUGCCGUCGAACAGGCUGCUACAGAGAACCGCACCAUUGUCUCCAUCGCCCAUCGUCUUUCCACGAUCCGUAACGCGGACAGCAUCGUCGUCAUGGAGGCCGGUCAGGUGGUCGAGCAGGGUACAUACACCGAGUUGAUGGCGCGCGAGGACGGCGCUUUUGCCCGCAUGGCCAGGCUACAGACGGUGGGUACCGCUGAUCGUGCGCCCGAUGCCGGCUCUGCCUCUGGCGACUCCCUCGAUUGCUCUACUCUCAAGGGUGACCAUGUUGUCGACGAGAAGUCCAAUGGGCCCGAAGAGCAUGUUGCCACAAAGAGCUUGAAGAACGUCAAGUUCAGUGACAAGGAAAGCGACGCCGAGGAAAAGAAGGAGUCCGAUAUCGCCGGCCUGGAUGAUGUGAAGCCUUACAGCACCGUGAUCAAAGGUCUUGUCCGACUCGUCAGACCCUCCUUGGCCUGGUUGGUUGUUGCCAUCAUCGCUGCUACCAUUGUCGGUGGUACCUUCACAGGCGCUGGUCUCAUCUUUGGUUACACUGUCGGAGCUCUUAACCCCUGUGCCAGCACCGCCGAGCGUAUUCUGUCCAUGGGACGCUUCUUUUCCGGUCUCAUGUUUGGCCUUGCCUCUAUCGAGCUCUUCGCCAACUUCUUCGCCUGGUCCGGCUUCGGCGUCGUGGCCGAGAAGCUUCUCUACUCCAUUCGCGUCUUGUCUUUCCGCUCCUUGCUGGACCAAGACGUUCAGUGGCAUCAGUCCGAAGGUCGCACCGCCGACGGUCUGCUUUCCAUUAUUACAAAGGACAGUGCCGCCAUUGGUGGCUUCAGUGGUUCUACCGUCGGUACUGUGUUCGCCAUCUGCGUGAACAUCCUCGCCGGCGUGAUCCUGUCUCACAUCAUCGCCUGGAAGAUCGCUGUUGUCUGCCUGGUCACCCUCCCCAUACUUCUGGGCUCUGGUUUCAUGCAGCUGCGCAUGCUGGCUCGCUAUGAAGAGCGUCACUCGGCUGCCUUCUCGACCGCCACGUCGGUGGCGACCGAGGCCGUACAGUCCAUCAAGACGGUAGCAGCCCUCUCCCUCGAGAGCCAGGUGAUGGAUAACUAUGCUCAACUUCUCGCUCCGCCUCAGAAGCAGAUGGUCCGCGCAUCGGCUUCCACCAACAUCUGGUUGGCCAUCUCCAACACCACCGGCAUUUUCGUCAACGCUCUGGCCUACUGGUGGGGUACGCAGCUCAUCAUGAAGGGCGAAUACACUCAGACCCAGUUCCUGAUCAUAUUGAUGGCGAUGCUCAUCAGCGCCCAGCUGUGGGGUACCAUGUUCGCCCUGGCUCCCGAGUUCUCGCGUGCUCGUACCGCCUUGUCCCGUAUCAUGUCCGUCAUCAACCUCGGCAAGAACGACGAUCUCAGCAAGACUGGUACCGAGCAGAAGCAGAUUGUCGGGGACUCCAAGACGGAGCAAGACAUCGAGUCUACCGCAGAAGUCAAGACCAAGAGACCCAAUGCGGGCGGCGUCAAAGUCACCUUCAACAACGUUUCUUUUGCCUACCCCAGCCGUCCCGACAUCAACAUCCUCGACAACGUUUCCUUCACCCUCCAGCCUGGUCAAUUCUGUGGUCUAGUUGGACCUUCUGGAGCCGGAAAGUCGACCAUCAUGAACCUUGUCCAACGUCUCUACUUUCCCUCCCAGGGCCAGAUUCUCAUCGAUGACCACGAUAUCGCCAACCUUCCCAGCUCCUUCAGAGACACCGUUGCCGUCGUCCCACAGGACCCGACCCUCUUCGACGGCAGUGUUCGCUUCAACGUCGGUCUCGGCUCGUCGCCCGACACCGAGGCUACCCAGGCCGAGAUCGAAGAGGCCUGCAAGCUGGCCAACAUUCACGACGUGAUCAUGGCUCUUCCCGAGGGAUACAACACCGAGUGUGGCCCCUCGGCGUCCCGCCUGUCUGGCGGCCAGAGACAGCGUUUGGCUAUUGCCCGUGCUCUCGUCCGCAAGCCGCGCCUGUUGCUUCUGGACGAGAGCACAAGUGCCUUGGACGCCGCCAGCGAAGCGGCUCUCCAGGAGGGUCUCGAGCGUGCGUCCCGCGGUACAACUGUGUUGGCCAUCACGCAUCGCCUGCACACCGUGCACAAGGCCAACGUGAUUUUGCUGGUCGAAGGCGGACAGAUCGCCGACAGCGGAACACACAAGGAGCUUAUGGAGAGGAGGGAGAGCUACAGGGUCAACGCCAUGCAACAGAUGCUGCAGUAG